AAUGCAAACACAAAGGCCAUGAUAAUGGUAUAUGGAAGGUCAGUGACAGUCACAUGGAAAAUUCCUUCCCUAGUUCGUCUGGAGUACCAAAUCCAACCAUUGCAAGGGGAAACCAGGAAAAAACCGACAUAUCCAAAUACAUCAAACAGAUAGAGUGGAGACUGUGGAAAACUUCCAGCAUCAUUUUGACAAUGGACCACGGGUUUUCGAAUCAUCUAUGAAUAACUCAGACAAUGGAACAACUGAAAAUUUCAAUGGGAAGCAAGAAAACUUCUACCAGAAAGAGAGCUCAAAUGAUAGUCAGAAGUCUAACCAAUCUCAUCAUACUGUUUUAAGUGGGAGUCUGCGAAAAAAUGUGUUAACUGGAAGUGAUUCACAUGCAUUGACUAGUGGCAAUCAGAUGUUUGAGGCAAAGCUCGGACGACCAGCACAUGGUCCACGUGAUUUUCAGCAUCAUCCAGUGGGAAAUUUGGAUAUGGAUCCUACUGACAGCAGGGAUCAUGUAAUCCACCCAGAUAACCAAUCUCAGCAAGUAAUUCCAGGAUCAAAGUCUCAUGAAUUAGGGCACUUUGGGCAGUCAAAAUUUGUUGGCCAUCUUCGUGACAAAGCUAUAGACAUGGGAAAGGGGCAUUCUUCUGAAAUUCAUGGAAAUCCAGACGGAUCAAUGGAGAUGCCUCCCAGAGGCACUCGUCCAGGUUAUGGUUCUCGCAUAACUGGCUCUUUUGAUGGAAAGUCUGGCCUUGUCACUUCAAGCCCAAAGGCUCUUCAAUCUAGUGAUUUUGGCCAUGGCAAUCAAAAUAUGCUUGAGCUAAUUCAUAAGGUAGAUCAAUCAAGGGAGCAAAGCGUUGUAAGGCACUUAGGCUCCUCCGGUGCACAUCCUUCAUCUGAGAUGCCAGAGUCAGAAGCUUCCCAUGGAUCCAUUACUCAACAUCAAGUGAACCAUCCUUCUUCUAUGCAAGGGUUUGGUUUACGCUUGGGUCCUCCAUCUCAACGGGUACCUGCAUCAAACCAUGUUUUCUCUCCUCAGAAUCCUUCAAAAGCAGUUAAUGAUCUGAAUUCAAGAUAUGUUGAAUCUGAUGUUGGAGAGACACAUGUUAUGCCAACUUCACACCCUUCUCAUGAAAUAUCUGAAGGAGUAAAUCAAGACAACAAACUUAGUGGUGCAGGCCAAUCUGGAAGUCAAACCUGGAAUACGCAUGCAAAAUCUUCUGAGGCAACAUCCUCAAACAAUGAACUGCAACGACAGCACAUAUCUGGUGCAAGUGGCCAAGUGAUGAACAAUCAUACCUUUGCUAGACACUCUUCCUUUAUACGGCCACCCAACUCACAUGAUGCACCCCUAGCUGAUCAAUCUACCCACGCUUCACUGCCUGGUGCAACUAGCAAGAUUUCACCCUCAAAUCAUGAUCCAGCCUUGCAGCCUACUCUUAUUCCAGGCAUGUCUCAUCAGGGUACCUCUUCAGUGCUGCCUAAUGUUUGGAAUAAUGUCCCCACUCAGCACCAUCCAGCUAGUAUUCGACCUCACAAGGUUCCCCUUCAAUCCAUCCACUCGUCGAAUAAUAAUCCUGCAUCUACUUUAGCCACGCACAAUAGUCAAGAAAUCUCGAAAAGAGAAAAUGUUCCAUCUGAUUAUGGUAUAUGUUCUGUCAAUUCUCAGCAGUCCUUCGGGGAGGAGCGAUUUGAAAAAGAAAGCUCCUGGCGGCAGCCACCAUCUGAAAGGACGGGCCUGGUCUCACAGAUAUCCGGUGCUUCCCAAGAACCCCAAGUCAUGGCAGCCCGUGCACACCAGCAGGAAGCUGAUAGGGAAAAAUAUGGAAAAGACUCAUCUAUGGUUGCCCAUACAGAUCACGCAUCUCAGCAAACCACUGCUGCUUGCAGCAGAGAUAUUGAAGCCUUUGGUCGCUCUUUGAGACCAUCUCAAAAUUUACAUCAAAGUUACUCCUUGCUACAACAAGUUCAGGCUGUGAAGGGCGUGGAGAAUGAUUCCAUUAUGAAUGAUGCUAAGAGGUUUAAAGGAGCAAAUUACGGUACGGAUAUGCAAAGGAUAGUUUCUAGGUCAGGACAGCAAUUAUUCUACGGGCAAAAUUCAGUUGCCAGAGACGGUGUUGAUAAUGACCCGAAGGAAGCAGGUCAGCAUUCUUCAUAUCCAUCUGAUGGCAAUAAGCCACUGACCUUUUCUUCCGAGGCAAGAGAAGUUCAGGUUAGACCUGCGUCUUCUGAACCUGGUCAUGGUGAUAUACCUUCUCAAGUUGGGCUCACGAUGGGGCAGAUGAAUCAUCGAAUUCAUUCUGGCCAUCCUAGUUUGACAUCUGGUGGAUCUGAGAGUCGUCAUGUUAGUCCACAAAUGGCCGCCACCUGGUUUGAGCAGUAUGGGGAUUUUAAAAACGGGCAGCUGCUGCAGAUGCAUGCUGCUCAAGGAACGUUGAAAAACAUUGCACAAAACUCAGUUUUUGGGAAGGCUUCGGAGAGGUUGCAUGAAGAUGCUUUGACCAAUCAAAUCCAUGCUGAUGCCAAUCAAUUUGGAGGGGAAACUGCACCCACCAGUCUGUUAGGAGGUGAUAUUGUGUCUCACUCUUCUCCUCCAGAUAAUGGUGAUAAAGGUUUAGCGGUUGUGGAACCAAAGAAGCGGAAAAGUGCUAGCUUAGAGCUGCUACCGUGGCAUAAAGAAGUGGCACAUGGUUCCCAAAGGCUCCAAAAUCUCAGUGCGGCGGAAGAAGGUUGGGCUCAAGCUACAAAUCGGCUUGUUGAAAAGUUGGAAGAUGAAACUGAAAUGGGUGAAGAUGGGCAACUGCUGCUACGCUCACGAAGAAGGCUUAUCUUGACUACACAGUUAAUGCAGCAGCUCCUUCGCCCCCCUCCGCUGGCCAUCCUCUCUUCAGAUGCGACAUCAAAUUAUGAAAGCGUGACAUACACUGCUGCAAAGUUAGCAUUAGGGGACACAUGCAGCCUGAUCUCUUCUUACUCAGGAAAUGAUUCAGAUGUAGCUCCUGAGAAUGGAAACACGACACCUACGAGAACUAAAAUUACAAACAGAGCGUGUGAUCUGCAUUUCUCGGAGGUGGUGGAAAAUUUCAUUUCUAGAGCAAAGAAGCUUGAAAGUGAUUUAUAUAGAUUGGACAAAAGGGCAUCGAUUUUGGACUUAAGACUGGAGUGCCAGGAUCUAGAGAGAUUUUCAGUUAUCAACCGUUUUGCCAAGUUCCAUGGCCGUGGUAAUGUGGAUGUGGGUGAUGCUUCUGGGUCAGCUAUACUGAAAACAGCCCCACAAAGAUAUGUUACAGCCUCUGCAAUGCCUAGAAAUGUUCCCGAGGGGGUACAAUGUCUCUCACUUUAAUCAUUAUAUAUUAGGGGGCUUACUCUUUAAUGUACUUCGGCAUCAGUAUCAAUUUUUUCAUCAGUAUAUAUGUAGGCUUUCUUGUAUAUUAAUUUUAUAAAAGUGAUGGAGUUUCCGAUUCAA